UGAUUGACGAUAUGCGCAUAACGCGGAAGUAGUUGCCACAUGACACAUCCCAACUUGGUGUCAGGCACGUUUCACAUGUAUAGUACCCUUUUCCUGUGAACACCAUCAUGCCUUCAUCCUCAGAACAAAGCUUCAGAGCCAACCUAUCUCAGUUCCGCUGGGCCAGAGGAGUCACAGACGACUCCCAACAAACCCAGCAACCACUCCCAUCAUCAAACCCGUUCUCCCGCUUCUACAACGCCGUAGCAGGCGACUAUAUCCCUCUCAGAUCUACUGAACGUUCCAACGAAGACGAAGCAUGGUUUGCGCUAUCACGUUGGGAAAGGCUGCUCGGGUUCGGUGCAUGCUUGUUAGGCGCAGCAGUCUGCUUCUUCGUCGCUUUUAUGACCCUCCCUUUCCUCGCCAUCAAUCCCGCAAAAUUUGCUUUGGCAUUUAGUCUGGGGAGCUUGCUCGUGAUGUUCGGUUUCUCGGUUCUCAUAGGACCAUUAAACCACGCAAAACAUUUAAUUUCAAAAGAGCGACUACCAUUCACCCUCGUCUACUUCUCAAGUUUGGGCUUGACCCUCUAUUUCUCCAUCAGCGUCCACUCGUACUUGGGCUCGCUAUUAGCAGGUGUCGUCCAGGUGGUAUCUCUAGUAGCGUAUGUCCUGGCAUACUUCCCAGGAGGCACACAGACGUUGCGCUUUGGUGGACAAAUCGCUCUGCGGGGAGCAGGAAGCCUGCUACCUUUCUAAAUCUAGUGCUUGCUCAUUGUUUAUUCCAACAACGACGAUCAAUCUAUCAUGAGCGCAAUGCGAUACUUUUGAAAAUAACAAACGACGACAGCAACGAACCAUCUACUCCAGAGCUUCGUGCAAC